AUGGGUUCUGUGAUGGCUAUAAUAGCUGGAGAAUUAGAACGAAGUCUCAUACUUCAAGGUGACAGCAAGACCAUAACAGACUCCUUUGGCAUUGCACUGAAAAAGGAGCCCAUAUUGCCUUGCACCAUAAGGGAGAAGACAUCUCUGUCAUCACUAUUGGAUGCUGAUGAACCAGGUCUAUGUACUGAACUACAGAGUUCUGUUGAAGUUCAGGAGAUGUCUGAAAACAUUCAUGAAGAUCCUAGCUGCGAAGAGGAUUCUACUCUGAGUGCUGCUAUAUCUAGCGCUUCAGAAGAUGAGGAGAUUUUUGCUGGUACUUUCUUCACAGAAGCUAAAGAGCCACUUUUUAGGGAACAAGACAUUAAAAAAACGUAUGAUAAUUUUGAAGCAUAUUCAGCAGCCCAUCCAGUGCAGGAGUUACACAAACCCAGCUUUGAAAAAUCUGAGGAACAAAGUGAAGUGAAUACAGAUAUAAAUCAGAAUUUAAACAAAGCCUUAUCCCUCCAAAUUCCAAACCACCACACAGCUUUAAAAGACAAGAGUCUAGUACUUUCCAAUGAGAAAGACUCAAAAGAUAUCAAAGCUAGUGAGAGCUCCCAAGAAGAAGCAACAGACCGUUGGGCCAAGCGAAGAAAACAGUUCAAAGACAGCAGGCGGUGCAGUUCAACUGGAGGGAGCUCCAUAGCCAGUACAAUCACUGAAGGAUCAUUAAACUCUGAGGAUGGCCGUUCAGUGGAUCUAAGUCUGCAUACAGAAAGUGAAGACAGAGGAUUCUACACAGAGAUCUUCCACUCAGCUUCUUGGGUGUUCCGAGGGGAUGAUGUGAGUCCAAAUAACAGUCCCCGGUGUCUCAGCAAAAGGCCUAGGCCAGUAGCAGUUCGUGAACGAACAGUAAGAAUUGCUAAAGGAACAGGUGAUUACCCUUGGGGAUUCCGAAUCCAGUUCUCAAAGCCUAUUCUGGUAACCGAAGUGGACACUAACAGUGCUGCUGAAGAAGCAGGCCUUCAGAUUGGAGAUAUUGUGAUGGCUGUCAAUGGCACAGAUGUUACCAGCAUGCCACAUUCAGAAGCAGCAGAUCUAGCAAGAAAAGGUCCAGAUAUCUUGACCAUGUUAGUUGGCUCAGAUAUCAGCCGUUAUCCCAACACCCCUCGUCCAACAUGUCGAGGAUAUCUGCACAAACGGACGCAGUCAGGAAUCUUGAAGGGCUGGAGGAAGAGAUGGUUUGUGCUAAAGCAUGAUGGUUACCUCUACUAUUACAAACACAAAAAGGAUGAAGGAAAGUGCAGGCCACUGGAAGUAACCAAGUUAGAAGGUGCUGAAAUUGGGGUGGACACCAGCCUGGGCAAACCUUUUGUAUUUAAGUGUAGCCCUCAGAAUGGAAACAGGAUUUUCUAUUUCUGUGCCACAUCAAACCAAGAGAUGAAAAGGUGGCUGGAGGCCAUGGAAAAGGCUGUGCAUCCUGUUCAUCAGAACCAUGUAUGGGUCGAUGUCACCAUACACAACACAAGCCUUCCACCACUUGCUAUCAAAAACCCAGAGUGCCUGGGCCUUCUUCACCAGCUGGACAAAAGCAAGGAUAUCUGGGUUCAACACUACUGCAUUUUGAAAGAUGGUUGUUUAUAUUUUUAUGCCAGCAUACGUUCAACACAUGCCCAUGGUGGGAUUUACUUGCAGGGAUACAUUGUGAGUGAACAGGUCCUUGGUUCCAGGUCUGUGAUAGAAGUUAAACCUCCAUCUGAGGAAUUUAAAACAUUCUACUUACGUGCAGAAAGUGUAAAUGAAAACAAACGAUGGAUUACUGCACUAAGAACCUCAGUCAGUAAAUGGCUGCCUUUAAACCAAGCCAUUCAAGACUUCAUGAACCGACCACUGGAGGAGACAAGAAUGUAAAGUGGAAAUCUUCAGUCUUUUGUGGCAACCAUCCUUUAUUCAAAGAUAAUUUAGAAAUAUUUGCUCAUCCAUAUUUCUCAUGAAUUAUAAGACACAAUUUUGUAAGCAUUAGUAAAUAAAUUAAAAACCCACUUUAUCUUA